CUGUCUAUCUUGUUUAAGUAUUCUCAUUGAAGAAAUCUUGUUUCUUGUUUAUUUACCUAAACAUUACUGUAUUUAUGAUCAUAAACAUUCUAAAAAGCAUGUCUUGUGUGUGACGCUCUAGUCCUGCGCAUGCGCCGUGGUCUGUUGUUUUGCUGCUGCGGUCUCUUUAAGCGCUGUGUAACAUGACUCCGGCUCUCGUCUUCUCUUCUCCUCUCGGCUCGCCUCGGAUCUGCUGACGUGUCGGCAGCGGCUCUGCGAUCAACAGCUGCCAGCAUGGCUGCACCGAAGCCCUGCUUUUAUUAUGUUUUUACACUUGUUCUGUACGCGUGUUUUCCUCGGAGCAGCGCGGAGCGGCGCUUCUCGGAUCUGAAGCGAUGCGCGGAUGAAGAAUGCAGCAUGCUUCUCUGUCGAGGGAAGGCCGCCAAGGAUUUCACAGGGCCGGACUGCCGGUUUCUCUCUUUUAAGAAAGGAGAGACGAUCUAUGUAUAUUAUAAACUCUCAGGGCAGAGAUCGGACGUGUGGGCUGGGAGUAUUGGAAACCACUUCGGUUAUUUCCCAAAGGACUAUCUUAAUAUAAAUCAUAUAUAUACUGAAAAAGAAUUGGAAGUACCAACAGAUGAAACCGAUUUUGUCUGCUUUGCGACUGGGCUCGAUAAAUUUGAAAGCUAUGACAUAGAUGUGUUAUUAGGCAGCACAUUGUUGCUAGAAAAUGAGGAUUCAACAGAAGAAUCCAAAGAACCAGCUCAGAAUCCAGAUGCAUCUCAAACGACGACCACCGAAUCAGUGGAGACUCUUGAAUCAGAGUCAUUAGAUUCAGAAUCAACAUCGAUUCUUGGAUCAGAGUCAGCUGAAUCAGAAUCACAAUCGGCACAUGAAUCAAAGGCAGUUGAUUCAGAAUCUCAUCUUGAAUCUGAGUCAGUAGAUUCAGAUUUGAUUCUUAAAUCAGAGUCGGUUGAUUUAGAAUCACAGUCGGUUCAUGAAUCAGAGUCAGUUGAUUUAGAAUCACAGUCGGCUCAUGAAUCAAAGGCAGUAGAUUCAGAAUCAUCACUUCUUGUUGAAUCAAAGGCAGUUGAUUCAGAAUCAGCAUCACAUCUUGAAUCAGAGUCAGUAGAUUCAGAUUUGAUUCUUGAAUCAGAGUCAGUUGAUUUAGAAUCACAGUCCGCUCAUGAAUCAAAUGCAGUAGAUUCAGAAUCAUCACUUCUUGUUGAAUCAAAGGCAGUUGAUUCAGAAUCAUCACUUCUUGUUGAAUCAAAGGCAGUUGAUUCAGAAUCAGCAUCACAUCUUGAAUCAGAGUCAGUAGAUUCAGAUUUGAUUCUUAAAUCACAGUCAGUUGAUGAAGAAUCUGCAUCACUUCUUGAAUCAGAGUCAGUUAAUUCAGAAUCACAGUCGGCUCAUGAAUCAAAGGCAGUUGAUUCAAAAUCUGCAUCACAUCUCGAAUCAGAAUCAGUAGAUUCGGAAUCGAUUCUUGAUUCAAAGGUAGUUGAUUCUGAAUCUGUAGAAGCUCCUGAAACAGAGACGUUACUGAAAUCUACUGAAGAGGACCUUCAUCCAAAGACAGAUGUUUCAUCAGAACCGAUAUCUGAAUCUAAAGAUGCACUAACAGAAGACACAGGAGAUAUUCCAAUAAGUCAAGAUGCUGAAAUCAUUUCAGAGGAUGUAGAAACAGAACCAACUGAUUCUGAUGCGCAAGAAAUUGAUUAUUCUGAAGUUUUGCACAACCAAAGCGACUCUGAUUUUGAGCCACUUGAAACACAACCAGCAGGUUUAGAUGUAGUACACGAAGAAGCUGCUGAAACAGAGCUAAGUGAUAAAGACAUACCACUACAAACACCAGAGAAAACACUCGAGGAUGAGGACAGGUCAAGCUCUAAAGAUGCUUUCAAAACAGACCAUGAAGGUGUAACACAAGAGACUGAAUCUCUCGAGGAAUCGCUUUCAGCUGCUAAUGUUAAAGAACAAGCUGGUCUUGAGGGCACACGUGCACAAAGUGAUUUUGAAGAACUGGCUAAUGCAGAUGAAGCCGUAGACAUUAAAAUCCCAGAAUCUUCUCAUCUUCCACAAGACGCUAAAACUCCUUCGGAUGCGAGUGAAAACGUCUCAUCUGAACCAGCAUUGGAAACGCACACUGAGUCCGAAAAGGCAUUAAAUGUGAGUGAAAUCACUGAAGAACAUCCAAAGAAGGUAGACACGAAAAAGAUGGAAAACUUUAAAGACCUUCUUCAGAAGGCCAGCAUGAACAAGAAUGAAAACGCACACACAAACACUUCAGACGAUCCUCAGGAUGCACUUACGAACAACAGCGAAAAACUGAGUGAAACGAUUGGUGAAGAUGAGACGUUAAAGGAGGAACUUGUUACAGAAAGCCCAGAAACUGCACCUCUGUUUCACCAAACGGAGGAACAGCUCAAUAAAGUCAAGAACGAACUCGUGAAUCUACUGAAAAACACACUGGAAUCAGAACAACAGAGUCCUGAAGAUGAAGAGGACGUGGAUGAAGAUGCCCAAGAGCUUUUAGAAGAUGAAAACGCUCUUCUUUCUUCUAAACUUCAGCUCACAGAAGACAUACAUGAACUUGAAGAAAACCAACAACCUGAAGGCCAUCAAUCGAUCGAAUCCCAACAAAGCGAAAACCCCACAAAACAAGAAGAAGAAAAGGAGGUGGUUCGUCUUCCUCCCGAGGAGCCUGAGUAUAGCGAUAACGUGCUGAGGCUCACAAUCUUACGCGAUCACCUGAAAGACGAGGAGAUGGAGCGCAUGCAGAAGUAUUUUGGACUGAAGAACCUGUUCAAAAUCGAGGCCAUGUUUUCAGAUCUAGAUCUGGAGAUGAAGUCUGUGAGAGAGCUGCAGACGGACACGGAGGAAAUCGAGCGAACGCUGGACCAGAUCAUGGAGGCCUCGGAGAACGCGAUUCUCGACGCCACAGAGGACAUCUUGAACGAAAGCGAGCGGAAAUCUCAGCAGAAGGAGCCAGAAGCGUAUGAUUUCGAGGCUGCCGUCUUCGACGCUUUCCAGGAGAUUGCGUUCGCCUUACGACAGAAGUAUUCAGCGGCCAGCGACAGCGCACCAUUGCUCGAAGAAGAGCUCCUUGCAUCUGAAACAGAUGAAAAAGUUGGCUCUGAAGAGGAGAAGGCUUUGGACAGUGACAUCGAAAUGAUUGAACCACCCAAGAAUCCUGAAAUACACGAGGAGCAAAACGAGUCUGAAGUGAAUCUGAAUUCUGAAUUAAAUAUGAACGAAGACUUGCCUCGCACUAAAGACGUGGGUCUGGAGGAGGACGGGGGUCAUUUCAACAGAAACAAAGAUGCUCCGUUAGGGUUUGAAGACACUGAGGAGAUUCAAAAGGGGCCUCAUGCUAUUUUGGAGAAGCCUGUGGACAUCGGCUUUCACUUCGAAGUGGAUCCAUCCUCAGGUUCAUUGGAGUCUCCAAGUGUCUCUGAUUUCCAUGACACUGAAGCAAGCAGUGAUUCCUCCGGCUCAACUUCAGAUGAGGUCUGGGUUUCUGUGCAUCUCGUCAAAGAAUAUCUUGGAGUGUACGGAGAAAUUGUGAUCACUGCUCUUCCGGAGGAAUGGCGACCGGGUCCCGAUUUCCACGGUGUCCCCUGGGAGCCGGUGAUGGCUACAGUUGUGGUCGGGGCCCUCACAGUCCUGAUGUUCUUCUGGAGAAGCGUUCUCGCUAUCAAAGGCAGAACAUAUCAAUUGACUGAAAAGCAGCUUCGGGACAAGAUCCAGCAGCUUCUCAACGAGAAAUCUGAUGCUGCCAACAAGAUCACGGAGUUAAACGACAUGAUAAAAGAGCGUGAAGAACAGCUGAAGAACUCUGAGAAAUCCCUGAGUUCAAGCCAACAGGAAGUCAAAGGACUGAAGAGUUGUCACCAGAAGCUCCAGAGCCAGUGGGAGCAGAUGUCUGGAAGCGUUUCACAGCUCAACCAGAAAAUAGCAGACACACAGGAAGAAAAUUCAAAUCUUAAUGUGAAGAUUGCCAAAAUGCACCAGAGGAUCGAGAAAUACCAGAAAACACUGAAGAGCUAUGAUGAGGAGCGUGCAAAGGUUCAUGUCCUCAUGGAUGAAGCCAAACUCAGAGAAGAUGCCUUCAAGGCUCAGGUUCUGUCCUUUGAGAAAGAAAACGGCGCUUUAAAAGAGCAGAAGAAAUCUCUCCUCCGUGAUGCUAAAGACUGGCAGGAGAAGCACAGGAAACUGAGCGAGGAGAUCCGAGUUUACCACAAAUCCCAGAAAGAGCUGGAAGACUCUCUGGUGCACAAGGAGAAUGAGAUCGACGUUUUGUCCAGCUGUAUUGCAGAGCUCAACCGUCUGGGAGCCGGUGAUCUUGGAGAACUACAGAAAGAUGAUGCUAAAAUGUCUAAUGGAGAAGAUGCUGAGAAGAAGAUGGACAGCAUGAGACUGCGAAUCAAACAGAUGAUGGACGUCUCCAGGAUUAAAGCGACUCUCGGUGUCAUUGAAGACGAGAGGAAUCGCUACAUGGAAAGUCUUCUCGCCGAGCAGAAAGCCAGACAGGAGCUGGAGGAGCAAUAUCAGAAGGUCAUGCAUGAACAGAUGAAUCUGAACAAUGAGAAAAAGCAUCUGGAGAACCAGUUCAAGACCCUGCAGCAGAGGCUGGAGAUCACCACUGAACUCUACCAGCAGAAAGAGAACGCACUUCAGCAGAAACUGACUCAGGAGGAGCUGGAGAGACACGAGAAGGAGUCGAAGCUGUCGGAGGUGGACAGUAAAGCCCUGCGCUCAGAGGAGGAGGUGAGAGUCCUCAAACAGAAGAUCAAGGACAUCGAGGAGGAGAUGCAGCAGAACGAACGCUCUCUGAAGUCUGAGGUGGCAAUCCAGGAGAAGAAAGCCCAUGAGAACUGGUUAAAAGCCCGCACCUCUGAACGAACUCUGGUGGAGGAAAGAAGAGAGUCGGCCAACCUUCGUCAGAAGCUUGUGGAGUACAGAGAAAAAAUAGCAAAUCUGGAGGAAAGUCUGUUCAAACUCAACUCUGGACCUCCGGAUCGCCACAUGCUUCCUCAGAGAAGAGGUGAUUCGUACGGGCCGUCUCCUGUGAGUGGGGGGGCUCCCUCCCCUCCUCUAAUGAUGGAGGGUCCCGGACGCCCCCCCUCUGCACCUGUGGGGCGACGGGGCGAUCCGUUCGGUCCACGACCCCCGUCUGACCCUCACGGACGCUUCUCAGACCUCGGACACCCGCUGCCUUCCAGACCAGACAUGUUUCCUCCGAUGACUUCAUCUCCCUGUGCACACGAUGGACCGAUGCAGACGGCACCGGUCAGUGAGACGGCCGAGGCCUCCGAGCAGGUCUCGUCUGAGCCCAUAGAGCCCCUCUCCAAGUCUCAGAGUCAAGGAACCUUCCUCCCGUCUCCCAUCCGGGAUUCUCCAGUUCCACCGCCCAAAUCUUACGGACCCCCGGUCAUGCCUCCUAUGAUGAGCCGACCACCCAAUGGCCACCUGCCCAUGAUGCCCCCAGAGCCGCGCUUCAGACCACCACCCAUGGACUCGUACGGCCCUCCUCCUCCGAUCGGGCCAUUUGGACCUGUCCCACCACCAUAUGGACGAGGCCCGCCGUUGGGACCGAGGGACAUCCCGCCCGAAUUCUUCGGCCCUCGCGGACUCCCCCCUCGCCCCUUCCCUCCCGGAGCCAUGAUCCCGCCUCCGUACGGUGGGCGUGGUUUCCCAGGACCCCCUCCGCUGAUCCCUCAGAGCUCCAGAGACGGCGAGGGGAGCGCCACACCAGCCAACGAGCCGCCCACAGACGCAUCCCAUCAGCACUGCGAGCCGUGACCUGAGAACGUGCCGAUUCGCCAGCUUGACUUUGUCACGUCCUGAUUCUUAACCAUCACAGUCUGGUUCGGGUGGAAGAAAACGCAUAAUUUAGUUUGAAUAGCACAUUUGAGAUUGAAAUAAUGAGGGUUUUGAUUUUAUACACGAGCGAACCUUUCCUAUGGAAAUAGUUUGGUUUAAUAUGCAUUACGAUUUUUUUUCCGGUGGUUGUCAUGUGGUUCAAUUAUAAUCCCUACCACUCGACCCAGUGCUGAUGCAUUCUGGGAUGUCAAACUGAUACUUAGGCACGUCGUGAAGCCAUUUCCUCAUGCCUUCAAUGUGAGAGGACUCUGAAGAGACUUUACAUAAUUUUUAUGCCUUUUCACCAUUUUUGACCGCCCAUAUUACCGCUUUUAGUCUGUUUCGCCAGCUCGCCUGUUUGUUUUAUCGUUUGAUUCCUCGUGCGUCUGCUCUCAUGAUUUCUUUUCCUAGCGGAAAGGCACAUAUGAUGUCAUAUUGACAAAGUAUUUCUACAUUUCUUUCAGCUGCAUAUACAAUAAAAUAUUCCUCCGAAUCAGACACAAUAGAAACCGGUGAACGUCGUGUGUUUGUGCCUCCGAGCUUUCGUCGUCAACGGGUGAUUUAAAUUUAUUAUUGGAUGUUGCAUCUGAUGAUGAGACACGAGCAGAAUUAAUUUGACAAACUCUGGGAAUUGUGACAGUAAACAUUCAUGAAAACGAAUUCAUUCAAUUCAUGCAUGAAUGAUUUUAAGUGUUGCACAUUCAUCAAAAAUGAUUCAUUUGAACUGCAAUAAUUUAUAUAUACAACUUUAAAUAUAACUAUUUCUUCCCAGAAUGGUUUUACCCACAGAAAAUCUGCUCGUGUUUCAUGAACGAGGCCCAUGAAUUAUGUACUUUGGGUUUCUGAUGCAAUGCUUUUGGAAUCAAAAUGGAAAAAUACUCAAUACUUAAAAUCCAUCAACCAUUUUCUUUGGUCUUACUUUCUUGUCAUAUAUUGUUUUGUUCGAUGUUAGAGUAAAUUAUUUUAGGAAGUGUGUUGAGGAUGUAUCUUGUGCGCAGAAAGAGUGUUUGCAUCAUGUGUUAAUCCUGGAAAAGAAACCAUUUUAAACAAGGUGGCAUUGAUUUCACAGAAAUGAAUGAGUUGAAUAAAGCUGCUUUUUUUCCUGUA